UCGUAGUACUCGUUUCGCACGCCGACGCCGCACGACCUAUUGUCAAUUGUCAUUCACUGCCGCCGAGUCCGAGUGUUGACUUGUGAUUGCCGACAUUUUUAUUUUAUACAUUAAGUGAAAACGUGUAACACGUUUGACGACACUCGAUACACCAUUUUUUUUCCGGGGCAAACGCCGCCGUAAUAUACAAUUUGUUUUUUACACACCAUUCUCACGUGAGUUCCUAUCGUAUGUGCACACUCCUUGUUAGUAAUAAUUAUUUAUCUAUCGCAAAGGUCCUCGUGUUCGAGUAGCCACUCGUGGAAUUUUGUCUACUAAUUCAGGAUACAUUUACAUCAUGUCAUCAAUGUGUCCUUCUGUAGAAGAGCCAGGGGUUAAUCAAGAAACACCCCCGUCUGUAGGAGAGCUGAAGAUUUUAAAAGAAACUCCAUCUUCAGAUAGAGAACAAGAGGUUUCAAAAGAAACCCUCCCUUCUGCUGAAGACCAAGAGGAUCUAAAAGAAACUCCAUCUUCAGAUGGAGAACAAGAGGUUUUAAAAGAAACCCCCACUUCUAUCGAAGAACAAGAGGAUCUAAAAGAAAUUCCACCUUCAAAUGGAGAGCAUGUGGUUUUAAAAGAAAACCCCCCUUCUAUCGAAGAACAUGAGGAUCUAAAAGAAACUCCACCUUCAAAUGAAGAGCAUGUGGUUUUAAAAGAAACCCCCCCUUCUAUCGAAGAACAUGAGGAUCUAAAAGAAACUCCAUCAUCAAAUGAAGGGCAUGUGGUUUUAAAAGAAACCUCCCCUUCUAUCGAAGAACAAGAUGAUCUAAAAGAAACUCCAUCUUUAGAUGGAGAACAAGAGGUCUUAAAAGAAAACCUCCCUUCUGUCGAAGACCAAAAGGAUAUAAAAGAAACCACCACUCCUGUUGAAGAACAGUUUCUAAAAGGAUCCCUCCUUUCAGAUGCAGACCUAGAGGAUCUAAACAAAAAUCCUCCUUAUGAAGGAGAAGUGGAGGUUCUCUUAAAUGAAUCUGAAAUAAAAAUAGAACCAAUAGAACCAAUAGAACCAGUUGAAGAAAAUACUUCAGAUAUUGAAUAUGACGACAUUUUAGAAGAUGACGACAUUUCAGAAGAUGACUCUAUAAUAUAUAUUUCAAGCGGUGAAGAAGAUGUAAAACCAGUACCAAAAGCAAUACCUAUACCACCAUACUAUACUAAUAAUGUAAGUGAAUCACAUAACGUUGUACCAAAGCAAUGUUUGUCUACACCGCCAUCUAAUAUUCCCAUGGAAUGUAUCACUAUUAUAGAUAGUGAUAGUGAUGAAGAAGAAAAAUUAAAACCUAGUCGCAAACGAAAAAGAAGUUUGCAUAUGCCAUUCAUUGAGAUAGAAAAUACUAGAAAAACUAUGAAACCAGGGCCAAAGUCAAAAACAAGAAACAUUGUUACAAUUCAUGAAAUGUUAACUAAAGCAAGAGAGUUGGGGUUAGGUCCAAUAAUGUCAUCUGAUGAAGAUGAUUACUACAGUGAUGAAAGCGAAGGUACCGAAGGUACCGAUUCGGUCGAUAUAAUAGAUCUUGCCUCUUCAAGUGAUGAUGAAACUGAUAAUAUAGAACCUAAGGUCACAGAAUUUGUAGCUGAUAGUAAAGCUACUUGUUCAUCUGAUAAUGUAAAAGAAAAUUCGAUCAAUGGUGAAAAUAAAAUUAUAAAUAACAAAUUAGGUGAAGUAUUAGAUGAUAUGACAAAUGAAACUGAAGUAUUAGAGAACGCGAUUGAUCUAACUCAAAUAACAGAAGAUGAAAAUAUGGACAACAAAGAAUUCACAAAUAUAGAAAUUGAUCCAACUCAAAUAACAGAAGAUGAAAAUAUGGACAACGAAGAACUCACAAAUAUAGAAAUUGAUCCAACUCAAAUAACAGAAGAUGAAAAUAUGGACAAAAAAGAAUUCACAAAUAUAGAAAUUGAUCCAACUCAAAUAACAGAAGAUGAAAAUAUGGACAACGAAGAACUCACAAAUAUAGAAAUUGAUCCAACUCAAAUAACAGAAGAUGAAAAUAUGGACAACGAAGAACUCACAAAUAUAGAAAUUGAUCCAACUCAAAUAACAGAAGAUGAAAAUAUGGACAACGAAGAACUCACAAAUAUAGAAAUUGAUCCAACUCAAAUAACAGAAGAUGAAAAUAUGGACAACGAAGAACUCACAAAUAUAGAAAUUGAUCCAACUCAAAUAACAGAAGAUGAAAAUAUGGACAACAAAGAAUUCACAAAUAUAGAAAUUGAUCCAACUCAAAUAACAGAAGAUGAAAAUAUGGACAACGAAGAACUCACAAAUAUAGAAAUUGAUCCAACUCAAAUAACAGAAGAUGAAAAUAUGGACAACAAAGAAUUCACAAAUAUAGAAAUUGAUCCAACUCAAAUAACAGAAGAUGAAAAUAUGGACAACAAAGAAUUCACAAAUAUAGAAAUUCCUUCAACUCAAAUAAUAGAUGGAAGUUACAAUAAUGAAAUAGAUAAAAAGAAUAGCUUAAACGAUACAAAUGAGCUAUUAAAAGUUGGAGAAUAACAAAACAGAAUUUCCAUUUUUGAGUAUCAAUAAAUGUUUAGAAGAUCAUCACAGUUGAAUUUGUAAAAAUUUUGUACAUAUGCCUUAAAUUAAAUGUAAAACCAAUGAAAAUAUGAAUAAUAUACAUAAAAGUUGUAAGUAUUUGUUUAAGUUAUGAUGUUAUGAAUAAAAUUUAAUUUUAUUUAUUAAACUAAUGUUGUUUAACCAAUAUUAUUAUUAAUUAAUUAAUGAAUAUGGAUAAUUACUUAACAAGUAUUAUCAGAUUUUGGAAUAAUAAAAGUUAACAAUAUUAA